AGCUUCGCUAUAUAAGUUAAUCAAACAUAAAAUAUUAAUUGGGUUAUGUUCCAUAUGUGUAGAAACAUCAAUUUAUUUAGCAAAUAUGUCGUAUUCAACAUUUAUCUUAAACUUGAUUUUAUGUUGGCCGUCCGUGACUCUAAUUUUGCUAUCUUAUCUAUCUCUAACUCGUUCGUUUAAUAAUGCAAUUAUUUUCAGUCGUGUUAAAUCAUAGUGCCAGGUUUAUGUCCUAUUUGUCUCCAAAUAAGCCUUCACCAUUUGGUUCCGUAGCCACAUAGCCUAUGUUCCUUCUCAUAAGUUUCGUUUCUCUCCAUGCGCAGGCAGUGGUUAGGCGCACACAACCGGACAACGCACACACAACAAUGGCUGAUGAUAUGCCAUCACUACUCAGUCUAGAGGCUGAGCUCACAUGCAGCAUCUGCUUGAAUACUUUUGAGAACCCCGUUACACUACCCUGUGGUCAUAACUUCUGCCAAGGCUGCUUGGAUGAGAGCUGGAAAGAGAGUUUUAUCCUGUUCUGCCCCCAGUGCAGACACCUUUACCCAAGUAAACCCGAGCUGAAGAAAAACACGGUACUCAGCGCCGUUGUUGAGACUUUCAAAAAGAAGGCAUCACCAUUGGGAUCAGACUAUGUAUUAGCCAAGACGGAGGAAAUAGAGGUUAUCAAAUGUGAUACAUGUAUGACGGCUAAAGCAUUUAAAACUUGCCUUACGUGCAUGGCCUCUUUCUGUGAAGAACACAUCAGACCGCACAUGGAAAACCCUAUUUUCCGCCCGCACCAACUGACCAAUCCGCUAGGAGACCUCAGGGGGAAGAUUUGCCAGGAUCAUAACAAGAUCAUGGAGUUUUUCUGCCAGAAACAUGACUGCUGUAUUUGCGCCAUUUGUCUGCAGCAGUUUCAUCGAGACUGCGAGUACACCACACCACAAGAGAGACGGGCAAAGAAAGAGUCUGAAAUGACGGAUAUGUUACGUGUGCUGGAUAGAAAGAUUGAUAAGAACAGCCUUGUGAUGGCUCAAAUUACGGAGCAGCAGUUGCAAUUACAGGAUGAUGCUUCUGCCCAAAAGAAGAUGAUGAGCACAGAGUAUCAGUUCAUAAGGUAUCUGAUUGACAAGGAGGAGCAGGAUGCCUUGAAAGCUGUGGACAAGGACUUGGAGAGUGGUCAGACCAGGAUUCAGUCUCUCAUCAAGAAGUUUGGUCAGAAUGUGGAGAAGAUGUCUGCAGUCAAAAUGGAGCUCAACAGCCUUCUGUCAAGAGCAGAUUCAUUGUCUUUCUUGCAGGCUUCAACACAACUGGCCUCCAGUGCUAUAUUUGACCCCUACUGCCCCCAUGUGAACAUGGAGUCCAAGGCUUUGAUGGCUUACCACUCCUCCGCUGUCGCUAUGAAGGAGCUACUGAGCAAAAUCCUGACUCUAUCAGCAGAAAACCGAUUUUCACUUCUUAAACCAGGGCAGGGGAUCAAGGCCGUUGAUCCGACUCCGGUAUCACCGGAACAACGCGCAGCCGGGAGCAGAGCAAGAAACCGACACAGGAAGGGGAAGGAAGCUGAAGAGGGGGACGUCUCCAAAACAGACCUUACCUUUAGACACUACCCCCUGAGCAAAGGACCAACGAUCGAAGCUGCUGAUCCAACUUUAGCGUCACCGGUACAACAAGCAGCACGGAGCAGAGCGAGAAGCCGUCUUAGGAAGGGGAAUGAAGAUGCGACAACUGGAGAGGGGGGAACACCGAACCAACAACACCCAAUUUUUAACCGCUCCCAUGCAGAACUCUCCUCUGAACAGUGUAGUCUAAACAAAGCAGGAGCUCACAACGUCAGUAUUCCUCGUGACAUCUCCACUGCCGUGAAAAGGAGUGACCUACUAAAAUUCAGCACAGUCCUCAAGCUGGACCCCUGGACGGCCCACAAGCGCAUCGUCCUCACCGACGACUUCACCAAGGCAUCGAUGGCCGAGGAGCCGCGCCACUACCCCGACGGGCCCAAGCGCUUCGUCGUCUGCUCACAGGUGCUGUGCUCGCAGGGUUUCCUGCAGGGCCACCACUACUGGGAGGUGAAGAUCAGCAGGACCAAGUCCUGCGGCCUGGGCCUGGGGCUCGGCCUGGCCUAUGGCUCCAUCGACCGCAGGGGCCCCGGCAGCCGCCUGGGUCUCAACAGCGCCUCCUGGUGUAUGGAGUGGUUCAAUGACAAGCUGUCGGCGUGGCAUGAUGCCGUGGAAACGGUGCUGGGCGUCCCUGGCCCCUCCCAUGUGGGUGUGCUGCUCGACUGCGAUGGUGGCUCCGCCACGUUCUACGCGGUGGCCGACCGCGCCUUCCCCUUGUACACCUUCGUGUUCCCAUUCAAGGAGACGGUCUACCCGGCCUUUUGGAUCUUCUCUGCCGGCUGUUCCAUCUCGCUGUGUAAGCUGACCUCCUAAGAUUGAUCUCCAAUUUAAAUUAUGGACAAAGUGCAAAUUCUUAUGUCAAGCUCAAACUAAUUUAAUAACUAGAUGUACCGCAUAGCGGUACCAAAUAUGACAACUGAUCAGUCCUGUACAUCCUCUCCGCGAAAAUAAAUCACGCUUGUCAAUUUAUCUUUAUUUUAAGAUGACUUUAGUUAGUCAUCUUCUUGUGUGAGAUUAAAAUAGAAGCAUAUUAAACUAUCGUUAGGCUGCAAAUGUUCGAAAUGUGUAAGUUCGAAAAGGCUCAUGGGAUGAGUAGUUCCUUCUCUCGGAAAUUAAAAUGUGUACACAGUCUUGUACCUUUUCCUUUUUUCGUUUUUCUGUCAGUUUUUUUGCUCGACGUGAAAUGUAUGAUUCACGAGUCACGUCAUAGCUGGUCAACCUACAGUUUGGAGACACCUUCUCAUUCAAUGCGUUUCCUUUAUUUUUUGAUGACUAUUUACAUUGUAGAUUCAUCAAAACUAUUAAUGAACAAAUGUGGAAUUAUGUACUUAACAAAAAACUUAACUGAAAACAUGUCUUAUAUUCUAGUUUCUUUAAAGUUGCUAUUUUUUUUAUUUAAUACCAUAUUCAGCAAGCCAUAACUUGACAAAUUCUCAUCAUGGGCCAAUUAACUUUGCAUUCAUUCAUGGUUUUGAUGCCUUCAGUGAGAGUUUUGGCCUGUACUGUAAGUCAGGGUCUAAAACUCUUUAUAUAUGGAUUUUUCCAGAUGUCAAUUUAAGUAAUGAAUGGGAAACUUACUUCUGGAAACUAAACUCUCUCAGAGGAGGGGCGGGACUGUUGAGCUCUAUAGCAUGUUGAGCUCUAUUUUGUUUAGGGACCAAAC